AUGAACGUUGUGAAAGCUAAUCCAAAUUAUAAAAGAACGAUAAACCCUUCCACGUAUUCUAUAAUUUUUUUUCUUUUUUUCAAAAGAUUAAAAGAUUAUGUUCUAGGGAGAAUAAAAGAUGUAAUCGAUUCUGAUAAUCAUAAAAAAGAAUGUAGCGAUUUAAACUAUGAGUUAGAUAACGUACAAGAACUGUUUAUUACAAGUGAUAUUCUAACUAUUCCUAAAUAUGUCAGACAGAAUUCAUGGAACACACAUAUUGAAAAAUAUUUAAAAGAUACAUUGCUUGCAGAAUCUCAAAAUAAAUGUGAAAGAAUUUAUCCUUUUUAUCAAAGGGUUCAAAGAAACAGAAGAAAAAUGUUAGAAGAUUAUUGUUAUGAAAGGGAUAAAAAAAGAAUUGAAGUAAUGAAUUCUAGUGAUUAUACGCAAUCUUGUUGGGAUUUUAAUGAAUGGGUUAUUAAGAAACAAAACGAAAUUACUACUAAAUUUGAUUAUGAUAUACAUGGUCCUAAUAAAUUUAAGAGACCAUAUCAUAUAGAUAGUGGUUGUACGUUGAGAAAUCUUUCUACAUUAUUUAAAUUCAUAGAGUGUCAAAAAGAAAAGGAUCAAGAAGGGGAAUCAGAUUUACUUAAAAGUGAGGAUGGCAAUGGUUCUGCUGAAGAAGAUCCAGAUGUUGUUAAAGAUAAGGGUGAUACGGAAAUACCUAGUAAUAGAGUAAUAGAAUGGGGAGGUGGUUUUACUGAAGAAAAUUAUUAUACUAACUUCUCAUCAAACUUAAAUUAUAAUUUUUUUGAUGAAGAAUUCGAAAAUACCAUAAAUACUUUUCCUAGGUUAAAUUUUGAUAUACUUAAAAAGUUUUUUUUGAAUUUGUUUACAAUGGAAGAUUCAAUUAUUACGUUGCCAGGAGAAAGCUCUAGAUAUCCUGUACAAGUACAUAUCCCCAAUGUUUAUACUGAAGUCCGA